CGAAACUUCCCUCCUGACUUGCCAUCGGCGCUACCUUCGUAUUUCAACAGCCAAGGACUUAACCACCGAUGAAGGUGCACGGAGUACAGAAUAGACUGUGUAUCUCAUCGUCGAUCGAUGGAGUGAGUACGGAGUAGUCUGGGGGUUCGUGGCCGGAGUGGUGUGACAUAGCAUAGUUGCCCGUGAUGCUACUUCGACUCUACCAUCUAAUCCCGCAAUCCGUCCGUCUUCUUCUUUAUCACCUUCUCCUACCAAAUUGGCGGGCACCUUUAUGGUAGUGGGACCUACCAUGUCCGCGAUGUCCAACGGUUACCCUUCAACCUGUAUCUCAAACGGUCCCGGCUUCUUCGUGUCCAGUAUGAAGCACAUGCGCUCAAAAUGGUUGCAAAAUACACAACAGUGAACGCGCCGCGGGUUUUGGAUUUCAUAGAGUUGCCAGCAAAAAAGGAAGGUUGGCUGUUGACUACUCGCAUUGAGGGCGACAUUGCUGGGAAAUGUCUCCAGACACUGAACACCGACCAACUGCACCAGUUCAGUAUCGAUUUUGGGAAUUACAUUGAGCAGAUUCGGUCCAUCCCAAAUCCCUAUCCUCCCCUUAUCUGCAGCUCACUCGGCAGAGAGUGUCAGGAUUGUCGGAUCAACAAUGAGGACGGCAGCACGGGACCCUAUGACAACAUCACAGAUUUUAACAAGCAUCUGAUGGAUAUGUGUGGUCUAAUUCCAGACCCUACUAACAGAGCUAUGGUCACAGAUGUGCAUUCCCGCUCAUACCGUGUCUUCUUUGCACAUGCAGAUCUCAACCCGGCAAAUGUGUUGAUACACAAUGGGAGAUUAUCUGGGUUUGUGGAUUGGGAGUUUGCAGGUUGGUAUCCUGAGUAUUGGGAUUUUACCAAGGCCUGUUAUAUUGUGCGCGUAUGGACACUUUGGUUGGAGACAAUGAAAAGUGCAUUUCCUGAAUACCCUGAUGAACUGAAAGCUGAACAGAUACUCCGAGAUCAUACCUGUCCCUUCUGACCUGCUUAUUGUAUGGAGUGUUUCUUUGUCUCUAAAGCCCGUGGCGUGCUUAAGCGACCACCAACCUAUGUUUCUUAACAGUUGGUCCACAAGUGGGGAUUUAGACUUUGAAAAUUCAAAGAGUUUCUUGAGCACGUCAUACUCUCUUAUCUUUUGUAGCAACCAUUUCUUUUGUCUGAAUUGCUCAAUUUCAGACCAGAAAGAAGAGCCAGCACGAGGUUUUGUUGCAUUGAAUAAGAGCUUUAGCGCAUGAGGUCAUAGGCAGGUAAAUCUGCAAAUCUGGUUGCGAACUUGUUUGAGAGACAAGAUACGCACAAUAAGAUCAGUAAAAAAUUCGGUCCGAAAUACGCGAUAUUUUCCAACAGGUUUUCACUCUGUAUUUGUAGCUUACUUGUCCGUAAGCUAUAGCAGUAGCGGCUACGCCUUGGGGUAAAAGGUGUACAAAACGAGGCAAAUCCAAGCUAAGUACAUGUACAUGCACAACACUACAUCACAAAGAAAACUCCAAGGCAAUACAUCUAGAAUGAUGCAACAACAAAUUCCUUGCUCUAUCUUAGAUCGAUUUGCAUUUGCAAUUUCAUAUGCUUUGGUCAUCACCUCUGAAACAUCUGGUGCAUUCACAAUGCCUGCAUCAUGUAGCCGUGCCACAGCAUCCAUCGCCCAAGCUCUACAUCUAAACCCCGAAUCCUGCGAAAUCAUACUCGGAUCGCCCAAGAUAUGGUCGAUUUGGGCAUGCCCCUGCGGCAGGGGAACGGUUCCGAC